AUGUAUCAAAUACCCGCGCCACAACCGCUCAGUUCUCCAGACCCACAGUCUCCUGGUGCGCUUGGCGAUGAAGGAAAAGGGGCGAUUAGAGAUCGGGCUGAAGAGUCAGGAAAUGUCGCGCCCGAAGACCAUGGCAAGGGAAAGAAGGAUGACUCGGAGCCUGAGGAGAAUACGGCAACCACGAGCCAGAAGAAGAUGCGUUCCAUCCCUGCACGCGCUCCAUACUUCAGACAUCGCAUCUGGACAGAGCUCCAACACCAACUAGGCCGUUGGGAGGCGUUCCUUGAGCAGGCGGAGAAGCGGUUGCGGAUGUACACGAACAUCUCGGUCUUUGUGCUAUUCUCCUCCGUUCUGUUCAUCGUGCUAUCAUUGGCCACCAGUUACCAUUUGCGAUCGCUCUUCGUUACCAUGCUCAUCUCAUCUCAUUCCACAAUGUAUAGUGUCUACGUUUUCCCCAUGGUUCAUGUCAUAAAUCACGAACAGAUCACUCUCACCUCGGAUCAACCAUCUCCACGUUUCCUGACGUUCAUACUCUCUGCGGUGUCCUUUGUGGUCCUCUGGAAUGUGUUGGCCGAGAUAAGUUUAGUGCAUUUCCGUCCUGUCAUUCUCGUAUUCAUUGACGAUCUCCCACAAGACGCUAGUAGGAAUCAAUUGUGCUUGCCUGGACCCUCCGCUGAAACAUCUCCAACGUGCAAAACUCUGGCGAACCUGCACCAUGUUCGCACUCUUGUAGCGUAUACGGACAUCUGCAAGGGGUCAUGGAGGCUUGUUCUCAAUUCGUAUUUGGAUACUCAUAAUGUUCGUCCUGUCGUCUCCAAACUGAUGAAAGCACGCGGAGGCCCGAAAGAUUGCUUUGUUGUGAAUUCGGGGUUCAUUUUCGGAAGAGCUCGAAUGUUACUGAUGGAGUGAAUGGUGGCCACCUUGCACGCGAGAAGAUGAGGAUUAUUAGUAUGAAGACGAAAAGUGCUGGGACCGACGAGCUUGUCAUCGAAUACAUCGAAUGUGCAUAGCAACGCUGCAAGCGUCGAGUCGUGCGUAGUGUGCACGAGGAUUUUUGUUGGGUCUUGCGUUGCAUUUUUUUUCUGAGGCGUCUGCAAGGAGGCGACCCAUCCCUAGUCGGCGACCGUCUUUUGAUUUGACUGAUGAUCAAUAGAACUUGAGCUGAACUUUCGGUGAAUAUAAGGAAGCACCCUUGCGAACUAAAGGUCGACCAAUACUCGUGUGCGGAUGUAGAGUAACAGACUAGGGGCUUACUGUCAAAUUACUCGACUGCUACAGCUGCUU